ACAACAGCUCCUAUAUUAUUUAUUUUCUCCUUUUUCUUAUCCUAUCCUUCACUUCCUUAUUUAUUUCUCACUAUUUAUUCGUUGCCGAAAAAGAACAUGACUGCCAACGAUUUUUCUUCAUCAGCAACAGCUAAUGUCGCUAUCCCCCCACCGUUAACAUCGUCCACAUCGUCCUAUAAAAUACAGUGGAAAUUUGCUCAAGCACUGAGUAUUGUUCGCUCCAUGGACUUUAUGAAGGACAGCAAUCUAUCCCCCAAUGUGACAGACAAAUUGAAGUUUUAUGGAUUAUAUAAACAAGCAUUAGAAGGGGACAUUAACAUACCGCGACCGUCUUCACGACAAGUGGUCGAAUAUGCCAAAUGGAAAUCAUGGAGCUAUAUGAAAGGGAUUGCACCAGUGGAAGCGCAAAGGCUGUAUGUCGAAAAUUUAAUCCAAUUUUUAACAGAAUUUGUCCAUCGAUACCCGCAACAUGAGCAAACCAACUUUUUAAGGGCAUCCUUGUCUACGUUACAACAAGGGCAGCAGCAGAAGCAGCAGCAGCAGCAGCAGCAGCAGUAUGAUAUCACUCGAGAGCAGCAGCCAUUACAGACAUUAUCAGAGAAUGAGCCAAUGCAAGCAGGAGAAGGAGAGGAAGAAGAGGACUUUUUCCAAGAUGCUUACGAUCCCAGAGAGUUUGAAUUACAGGAACAUUUCUUGAAUGAUAUUGAAGCAGAUCAGAUCAUGAUGGGUGAAAACAAUGACCAUAGGAUACUCUCCCCACCGCCCAUCAUGUCCCAUCAUUCAUUACAUCAUCAACGUGAACACCCACCUCCACCUCAGCAAAACUAUUAUUAUCCCCUCACUCCUGUCACUUCGCCCUCCCAUAGCAAAAAUUCAGUGACAGGCCAAUGGGUACUGAACCAGUUAAACCAUCAUCAUCAUCACAAUCCAAGGCCCAUUAUGGAUUUUCUAACCAACAACUACAAUCAGCAAGACCUUCUAUCUGAAUCGGAUACCCUGGAUAAAGAGGUAGCGGCCAUUACUCGACAGCAAUACCCACAAACACAGUAUCGACACCCGCAUCAAGCCACGGCCGAAAAUACGACAACUACGGCUACUCUAAAUGGCAAAAAAAGAAAUCAUGCCUUUUCGCCGUCUUCUUCCCUCUCGUCAUCCACAGUCAAAAAAAAUCAUGGAAAUAGUAUGCACACAACAGGCAAUGAGAACAACAACAAUAGAGCCUUGGAGAUGUUGCAAACCGAAAUUACUGCUUUAACAGAACAGAUGGAUCGACUACGACAAAACAUGAAGAAUGAACAAGAAGCGAACAAGAUAUCCUUCUUCUUACUGUCCUUUCAAAAUUGGCGAAAGUUGUGCUGGCGCUUUAUCAAAAUAUUGAUAAAACACAUGUUGGCCAACUCUGCCAUUCUGCUGAUUGUCUUUUACAUUCUAUGGAAGCGAAAAUCGCCCAUUGCCUAUAGCAUUCUGAAUUAUGUAAAACCUUUAUUACACGACAUGCUACGUAAACUGAUAAGACACGUUGUCUUUUGGAAGGUGACAGUUUAGAAAAUAAAAAGAAAAAAAAAAAAAAGGAAAAAAAGAAAAA